UCUCGGCCCGGCGGGAUGGCUGCGGCGGCGCUGGGGCUGACGCUGGGCGGAGGAAUCUUGCUGGCCGCCUGGCGUUGGCUGCGCGGCGCGACUCAGGCCGCCGUCGUGUGUGGGGCCUCCAUGCGGGGCAAGACGGUCAUCAUCACGGGGGCCAACAGCGGUCUGGGCCGGGCGGCGGCGGCCGAGCUGCUGCGGAUGCGGGCUCGCGUCAUCAUGGGCUGCCGCGACCGGGCCCGGGCCGAGCGGGCGGCCCGCGAGAUCCGGGCCGAGGUGGGCGAGCGGGCGGAGGAUGAGGGCGGCAGCGGCGAGCUGGUGGUGCGCGAGCUGGACCUGGCCUCGCUCCGCUCCGUCCGCGCCUUCUGCCACCGCGUCCUCCAGGAAGAGCCAAGGCUGGAUGUUCUGAUAAAUAAUGCAGGAAUAUUCCAGUGUCCGUACAUGAAGACAGAGGAUGGGUUUGAGAUGCAAUUUGGUGUAAACCACUUGGGUCACUUCUUGCUCACCAACCUUCUUCUGGGCCUCCUCAAAAACUCUGCUCCAAGCAGGGUUGUUGUAGUAUCCUCAAAGCUUUACAAAUAUGGAGAGAUCAACUUUGAAGACCUGAACAGUGAAAUAAGUUACAAUAAAAGCUUUUGUUACAGUCGGAGUAAACUGGCUAACAUAUUAUUUGCAAGGGAGCUAGCCCGUCGGUUAGAAGGGACAGGAGUCACUGUUAAUUCACUUCAUCCUGGAAUUGUCAGAACAAAUCUAGGCAGAUAUGUGAAUAUUCCUUUGCUGGCUAAACCCCUAUUCAACUUGGUGUCAUGGGCUUUCUUCAAAACACCUCUGGAAGGAGCACAGACUACUAUUUAUUUAGCCUCUUCUCCUGAUGUCGAAGGUGUGUCAGGAAAAUACUUUGGGGACUGCAAAGAGGAAGAGCUCCUGCCCAAAGCCAUGGAUGACUUGAUUGCGAGAAAGUUGUGGGAUAUCAGUGAAGUAAUGGUUGGCUUAUUGAAAUAAGUGUCAGGGGAAUCUGCAAAAAAGAAUGCAGAUAACUAUGCAAUGCGUAUUUGCAACACUCUAAUUCUCUGUUUAAAUGGUGUGGGAAUGCAGAUUACUUUGCUCAGUAAGUAUUAAACAAGGGAGUGAUUUAUGCUGGAACUCUGUUUUGAAAUAAAGGACUAUAUUUAGUAGACACAGCAUUCAAAAAUGUCUGAAAUAGCAUUUUAGGGUGUGAAUAUAAUUUCUGAUUAAUCUGCUUGGAAACUCAUGUUUUACAAAUAAAAAAUAAGCAAAACUUCUGCAAUACAUAGGUAUAUUUGUCAUGUUGCACUGCUUGCAGCUGGGCUGGACAAUGCAGGGUACUGAUGGUGAAACACUUCUACAAACAGGUUUUGAAAAUAGGUCCUAAUAAUAAUAAUACGUUGUUGUCUUUUUUUGAGCCAUCAUUAUGAAGAAUGGAAUAAAGAGUUCUACUGUUACCUUACACUGGAAUUGUUCAGGCCUCAGUGCUGUUGGCAGCCUGAUGGUGCAGUGAACAAAACUGUUGAGCUGCAUACAGUUUAGUUGUGAAGCACAAAGGCUUUUUUUAGUGAUGUCACUGUUAUUCAGUGAGUAUAUACUCUUGGUUGUGUAAACUGUGUUUUUAUUUUCAUGUGUGCUGAACUUGCUAUUUCUUGAUAUGCAGACAUGCAUUAAAAAUGUACUUGACAGUCUCGUUAUGGUCUUUAUAAGGCUUUGCAUGUAAUGAACUGUCUGCAUUCAAAGUUCGUAAGACUUCACCCAGACUGAAGAGAAUACACUUUUCAGUGUGUGUUUGGCUUGGCUGAUGGCACUUUAACUCAGUAAUGAGAUUAGAUAAGUCUGUAUGAUGCAGCUUACUGAAUAUUAAUGAAUAUUCUUUUAAAUAAAAAAAUCUUUUUAAAAA